UGGACUGCAGUGCACUCAGCCCUCAGCCGGGAACGACUGGGGUGCCCCUGCUCUCAGACUCCGGAGCUCGAUGACCAUGGGGUUAGUUAGCUCGACGUCGUUCCUUCCUCAACUCGACUCCUGAGGCUGCUCAUCCGUAAGGUAGGACGUUUCCAGGUAUUCGACUCGGAGGAUGUUUGCAGCGGCUCCUCCCACAUUAGAGAACGGGGAAUUACUGUAGGAUGCCAUCCUAGAGCUCUUUCCUCGCACUCACCUUUCUGUUGCUUGAGGCCCCUCCGUUAUUACGUCCCCUGCAGGCCAAAUUCUUGAACUUCUUUGCUUUCCCACACAUCGUCGGGCAACGCUUCGUCUACACGCUCUUUGACUUCCGCUGCCAUUCUCAGUUCUCGUCUCUCGUUGACCACAUUCUGUCGUUACCUCGACGCUUGACCAUUGUCCUAGCUACCUGUUCCACCAAGAAAUCGCAAUGCAUCUACAAGCUGGUCUUGGUGCCGUCCUCGGCGUUGUCGUUUGGCUGAUCCCGGCCGCCGCGGUGCCGCUUUCCGGCAACUCCUCCUUUUCUUGGACCUACUCAGGUGUCCCUACAGGGCCUGGCAACAGUGGUUGGACCUACAAAGGUCACCCUACGGGUGUGCCGCUUUCCAGCACCAAAACAGGCUUGUCUUGGACCUUCUACUCGGGUAUUCGUCCAACCACGGCGACUGUGACGUACACCAGUCCUACCGAAGCCAGUCACUUGACGGCGGUUGUUGGAACCGAAACGUCCUCGUCUCUGCUUGAUUCACUGGCUCCUUAUGGCGUGUCUGAAACCCAGUCUACGGUCCUGACGUCUGCUGCAAUUGGCACUCUCACAGUCACCGAGCUGGUUACAGUCACGGAGCUCGUAGCUGUCAUCGAAGAAGUCACGGUCUGGAUCACAGUCACCUCAUCCUCUCUCCCGGGCCAGGAGGAAAGCACGUCGCGAGAGCCUGCUCCAUCUACUACAUCUGCGGGACACACCACCGACAGCGAGCAAAGAGGAAUCCCGUCCGCAUAUGUAGGCACAUACACUCCGCUGCCGUCAGGUACCCCUGUUGAAGGCUACGGGACCGGUGUCGCCAGCCCUUCCAGCGAGCCAUCUGGCACGGCUGACAUCAGUUCGGUGACCAGCAACAGCGUGUCGCCCGUCGCAUGCGCUACAUACGGAGGCUACGUUUUCUCGCUUCCCGAUGACAACAAUCGCGAUUUGGCCUGCCGAGUCCCUAGCCCUGUUCCAGCGAACACUCACGGCGCAUCAUCCGGCCCUCCGCCCCCGAGGAGUACAAAGAUCAACCUGGUACUCCCGCGUUCUACACCCGGGCUUUCGUCGCCAUAUGAGUCCUCCAUCACAUGGCCCAAUAUCACACUGACGACUGCACCUGGUCCCGUGAUAGCAACUCUGCCUUCCGUCUCUACGCCAACUGCCGGUGUGGCUGGAUCAAACGUCUCGGCCACCCCCAUACCGGAGGCUAGCUGUGGUGGAAAAGGAGAUCGUGGUCCCAUGAUUCUCGAUUUCGACGAUAUUCCGGUCGGUAACAGUACCGGUGCUAGCAUCGCCGGGUCCCGUCCUGUCCCUUCUCCGUAUCAUCGCUUCUUCUUCUCCAGCGGCUUCCGCGCUGUGCCCCGCUCGGCGUCAAAGUACCAACCGUCCUCGGGCUCCCAGCUGUUGUACUACAGCUCCUUCGCGCCGAGUGCCCAGAUUGGUCUCGCAAACUUCAGCACGAAUCUCUGCCUCCGUUUCGAUUUUCGGGAUAUCAACCUCGGAUGCAACGCGACCAGCGUGCCUUGUCUCUUCCGCAUCUCUGGCUUGCAGUGGGAUGGCUUCAGAGAUGUGGUCAAAGACACGAUGACUUUUGUACUCCCAGCUUGUGGAGAAGCAUCCAACUGCACACUCACUCAGGUGUCCUCAGGCUUGAACGUGGCACGCCACUCACUCACUAGUCUAACUGCCAUCAACAUCACGCUUGAGUUUACCGGUGAGCGACAGACAUGGUGGGCUGACGACCUGCAGCUGGCCUGGACAGACAAUAGCUGCGCGGCUGCUAUGUGCCGUGCCAAAACGUCCAACGACAGCAUGAUACCUGGCAUGCUAGGCUCAGUCGCAGCCAGGGCAAAGAUGUUUCGCCACCGGGCUGUCCGUGGUUGACUCGGGAGCGAUGUGGAUGUUACGAUUCUUAUAUUUGCGGCAUGUUGUCAUUCUUCUCUUCGGCCCAAACACAUGGCCGGAUGCA